UUCUAUAUUACCGUAGUCUCUGGAUUUCAUAAUUGUAUGUGCCGCCGGUUUGAAGAGUCAAAACAAACCUGUGUGAUUUCGCACAGCAGUGGUUACGUUUGAUAAGGAAAUUAUUAAAUAGCAGCAAUAUGAGUCGAAGAAAAAGAGCGAAGGUGGAGUACAGAGAAAUGGAAGAGAAAUAUAAUCAACUAGAGGAUGAAAAUGCUUCAGAUACAUCGGAAAAAUCUAAACCUGGUCUUGUAACGCCAGAAAAGAAAGUUGUUCCUGAAGUAAAAAAAGAAUCUGAUACAAGUAUAUCACAAUCUGUUCCCACAUCUUCAGCACCAAGAAUUGAAGUAAAAGAAGAAGACGAUCAAGAUAGCGAUCAUGAAGAUCCUCAUGUAAAAGAAUUACUUAAUGGUUUGGAAGGGGCGGCAUUUCAAAGUCGUCUUCCAUUCGAUAAAUUAACUUCUACAGAAGCUGCUUGUUUCCCAGAUGUUUCUGGCGGUCCACCACAGACUCAGAAAGUUUUUCUUCACAUUCGAAACAGACUUUUGCAAUUAUGGCUUGAAAAUCCAAAACAACAAUUGAUAAUUGAGAAUGCUUUGCCAGCAAUAGAACCACCUUAUAAUAGCGAUACUGUAUUGGCGCGUCGAAUUCAUGCAUUUUUAGAAAGACAUGGUUUUAUUAAUUUCGGAGUAUUUAAACGACUUAAACCAUUACCUACGAAGAAGUUAGGUAAAGUAAUCGUAAUUGGAGCAGGUAUUGCUGGUUUAGCUGCAGCCCAACAAAUGCAACAAUUUGGUUUAGAAGUAAUUGUACUCGAAGCACGGGAUCGCGUUGGUGGACGAAUUGCAACAUUUCGUAAAUCUUCAUAUAUAGCCGAUCUCGGAGCUAUGGUAGUCACGGGUUUAGGUGGGAAUCCCGUAACAACACUUAGUAAACAGAUUAAUAUGGAACUUCACAAAAUUCGACAAAAGUGUCCUUUAUACGAAAGCGAUGGGCAAACGGUCCCAAAAGAUAAAGAUGAAAUGGUAGAGAGAGAGUUUAACCGUUUAUUGGAAGCAACGUCGUAUCUUUCACAUCAAUUAGAUUUUAAUUACGUGGGUAGUGCUGGAUCUGGACAAGGUGGUAAUACACGACCGGUUUCAUUGGGUCAGGCAUUGGAAUGGGUGAUACGUCUACAAGAGCAAGGUGUGAAACAGCGUCAAGUAGCACAUCUGCGUUCCGUACUAUCGCUCCAAGGUCGACUUAUCACCAAUCAACAUAGGAUGAUAGCAAUCAUGGAUCGUUUGGUCGAAUUAAAUAAGCAAUAUAAAGAGAUGACCGAAAGUAAAUUACAAACACGUGAUAUAACGCAAGAAUUCGUAUUGCGUUCGAAAUUACGCGAUCUUCAUAAUGCGUGCAAGGAAUGGGAUCAACUUUCCGAACAACAGAAAGAGAUCGAAGCAAAGUUACAAGAAUUGGAAGCCUCUCCUCCUAGUGACGUAUAUCUUUCUUCGAAGGACCGUCAAAUAUUGGAUUGGCACUUUGCAAAUUUGGAGUUCGCCAACGCGACGUCGCUAUCGAACCUAAGCCUCAAACAUUGGGACCAAGAUGACGACUUCGAAUUUACCGGCAGUCAUCUAACAGUUCGCAACGGCUACUCGUGCGUACCUGUUGCUCUGUCCGAGGGCCUGGACAUCCGGCUGAACACGGCGGCAAGGGCGGUCCGCUACGGGGUGAACGGGGUGGAGGUGUGGGCCGCACCCUCGCGCAGCCCCCACACAAAUCACACGGUGUACAAGGCGGACGCGGUGCUCGUCACCCUUCCCCUCGGGGUGCUCAAGGCGUCCGCGCCGCCGUCCGCGGUCGCCUUCAAUCCUCCGCUUCCGGACUGGAAGUCGCAGGCUAUUCAGAGGCUUGGUUUCGGCAAUUUAAAUAAGGUGGUGCUGUGCUUCGAACGGAUCUUCUGGGAUCCGACCGCCAAUUUGUUCGGCCACGUGGGCAGCACGACCGCGUCGCGUGGUGAGCUCUUCCUCUUCUGGAACCUUUACAAGGCGCCUGUGUUGUUGGCCCUGGUCGCUGGAGAGGCUGCCUGUGUCAUGGAGAAUGUCAGCGACGACGUGAUCGUUGGACGUUGCAUAGCCGUCUUGAAGGGUAUCUUUGGAAAUCAAGUGGUUCCACAGCCGCGCGAGAGUGUAGUGACGAGAUGGCGAGCGGAUCCAUGGGCGAGAGGCUCGUACAGCUUCGUCGCGGUCGGCAGUUCCGGUAGCGAUUACGAUCUUUUGGCCGCCCCUGUCGCGCCCCCUGCCACCCCUGGCGCACCACCACCGCAACCCAGGGUUUUCUUCGCAGGAGAGCACACCAUACGAAAUUACCCGGCUACCGUGCACGGCGCAUUUCUCAGCGGACUACGCGAGGGUGGACGGAUCGCGGAUCAACUCUGCGGAAGCCCUUACGCCCCACCGACGAUGCCCGCUUCCGGUCCAGCGCCCACGGCAAUUCCAACCGCGACCACCGGAUCCACGACCACGCCUUAGCGUCCUCCCGUGGAAUCAUUCUUGGCCUUCGAUCGAUAAAAAAUGAAAAAAAAGAAAAAAAGAAAAAAAAAGCGUUACAAUAUCACCAUACGAGUCGAUCGAUCAUCAUCGUCAUUCUGUUAUUAUUCUCGCUUAGACGACGCGAAAGAAAGUACGAAAGCUGGAACGGUAGCUGGAAUUUUUUCGUCUUCUUCGAAAAUUAAAGAGGAUCGUUCGUUAUACAUACAUAUAUAUAUAUGUAUAUGUAUAUGUAUUUUUUUUCACUCUUUUGAAGGGCAUAAAAAUUCCAGAUACCAGAUUCUCGAGGCUCGUUUAUCGUGUUUUUUCGAUUAAUGUAAUCGUAUCGAGGUUCGAUCGAGCCACCAGCAGCACGUAUACGAGCGUUCGAGCGCCAUCUUACGAUUAUUAUUAGUUAGGGAAAUCUGUCCGCGAAUAACCAUUUCCUCCCGUAUAUAAUAAUAUCGGACGAUCGACGUUUGAUUCGUCCUGGUUCGAUCCGUCGGUUUUCUGGUUGAUUGGUCCUAUUAUCACGGGAAUAUAAUUGAAACGCGAUAUAAUUGAGAAUGGGAGGAGGAGGAGGUGGAGGAGGAGGAUUGGCGAAGCGGAUCGAUUAUUAAGUGUAUCGACGUGACGUUUUCGAGCGAUUCGAGAUUUUCGUCGGUUUCGUCGAUUCUUACGAAUCGACCCUUGGACGAAGAGAUCGUAUUUAUUUUUCAGACAUCGUCCGAAGCGUGAGGAUACGUUUAAAAUGAGGUAGAGGAGUCGAGAAAGAUGAUCGAUCCGAGAAUCGUGUCACGAUUAACGCACGUCGAUUCAUUUACACACACAUAUAUAUGCAUAUACACAUCCACACAUACACGUCGCUACGAUCCUCGAUAUUCUUAUCUCCGCUUCUCUUUCGUAUUUAUUCCGAAGGAGAUCGUAUCGAACGAGAGGAUCGUAGCCGUCUUAGAGAUACGUCGAUUCAUGAUAAGAAAGAUUCGUGCCUUUUGCUACUACGUUCCAUCACGUACAUUACACUGUUUAGUCUGUACCAUAUCGUAGAAAUCGUUUCACUGUACGUUUAACAUACUCUCUCUUUCUCUCGUAUACAAUUAUUCUUUCUUCCUUCUUCUUCUUUUUUUUUUUUUUUUACUCGCCUCGACACGCUUUCAUAAUCACGCGCAUUUAUCCCAAAUCUUCCUUUCCCUACAUUGUAUUAUGCUUCCUCGAGAUUUCUCGAUCAUUAGCUACCUUCCAUCACUUCUUAUCUUCAAUUAAUCGAUUAUCGAUUAUGUUAUUAUAUUUUAGCAUUAACGGGAAAAAACCAGAGCGUGCAUUUUCGCAACGAGAACAAAGAAAAAAAAAAAAAAAAGAAAAAAUGUCCGACGAGGAAUCAAACCAAUCUUCGCGCAUUAACGCGUACAAUUGCCGAACAAAUCCACAUCUCAACCCCGACAACAACGAACGCCCGAUCUAUUAUUAUAUCUAUACGCUCGAUCUGAUCGAUUCAACGCUCAAACCGUUAAACCGUUAAGCCGCAAAUACUUUUCCAUUGGAGGGAUACACCGAAAUAAUCCACGUAGCCCGCGAGAGAACAUCCGCUACGGAGGAUGACGACUCCGUUCGAGCCUGAUUUCAUCGCCCUCGAAUCACGAAUUCGAUCGGUGACCGAUUAUCGAUUAUUAUCAAUUAAGGGGAACGGAAUUCGAGGAAUCUGCCAUCCGAUUAAAACCGACUUCGAGGAAUCGAAUCGCGUCAAGCGCACAUACAUACACAUACAGAUACACACGCAUGCACACACAUACACACACACACAGAGAUACGUAUACGUAUCGUUUUAAGCUUCUCUCUCUCUCUCUCUCUCGUGGAUGAGAUACUUCGAGAAAUAAAACAGAAAUAAUCUACGUGAAAGCGUAAAGGAAAAGAAAGAACCGUCUCACUGUAUACUUCGCCGAGUUGACGAUGUGAAAAAUUUCUGUAUAAGUUAUAAGAUAUAACGCGUGCGCGAUGUCAACGUUACACCGCAACACCAUGUGCGCAAUAUUGUACGUAUAAAUCUGUAAAAGACUAAUCGAUGAAUCGAUCGUUGAUCGAUUCUUAAGCAAUGCCGCUUAUAUUUGUCUUGAUUAAAGGCAGAGAGUUGUUACGACACCAA